AUGCCUUGCAAUAAUUUUGAUUUUCAUUCGGAUUAUAUCGUGUUCUUCAACGGUGCUCUAAAUUGGCUGAUGCACCCGGUGUUAGAUGAAACCCCGCACAUAAUUCAAACUCUUACUCUUGCCAGUGAGGAAUAUUGCCAGUUUUCCACCCCGGUCGAUCUGGAUGACGUGUAUAACAUGCAUACGCCUACGCUGUCUUUGGAGGUCUUGGGGGGCUGUUUAUGUCUCUGUGUUGAUCGUUCCGGGGCCGCACAUGAUGUUUGGGUUAUGAAGGAGUAUGGAAUGACAGAAUCUUGGACCCUGCUUUUCUCUAUUGAGCCAGAAGCUGUGCCUUGGGUGAAUGUUCAGUCUUUCAAACCGCUGGUGUUGUCAAAGAAUGGAGAAAUGGUCCUUUUGACGUACAAGUACCACAAUUCUGUCUUCUUUUGGUAUGAUUUAAAGAAAAAGAGUUUCAAACAAGUUCAAUUUCGUGGUCAUCCCCAUGUAUCUAAAGUGGCAGUUAGUGGUGUCGGGAGCCUUUGUCUUCUUGAUCCUCUUAUUUCCAAGUCCCCUCUACCUCUAAGAAGCUGA